GUAAAGGGUUAGGGUGAGGAGGAGGAGAGAUGGAGGGGAAAAUGGCGUUUUCACAUGCAAAUGCCUCGACCUGCAACACACCCCUGCGUCAUUCCCCGCGGGGACCUUGCAACCCCAGCGUGCCCAGCCCGCCGAUUCCCCCCUGCGACAGGGGUUUGAGCCGACAAGUGCCGUCUCCACGGCUUCCACAAGUCGUAGCCGAGCAUCUCCCCUAUCGACCUCGCUCCAACUUUUAACAACAAUCCCGUAUCCGAUAUCCCCUACCCAGGCCCCUAGAAGACCUCCGAUCCCCGACGCAUACCCCGAUGCGGUAGAAUCCGCAGUUUGACCUCCGUCGCGCGCAGUGCACCGACCCGAUCCCGUCGCGCGCCCACCAUCCGCGAUCCGCCCGCGUCCCCGAAUUGCCGAGGCACCAUGUCGGCCGCGCUGGAGAGCCUCAAGGCUGCCGCCGAGCGCAUCGUCCUCGACCCGAAAUACCACGACCUACUCGCCGUCGUCAAGGGCGCGCGCAAUGGCGCCGUCUACGGCACCAAAGUGCGGUUUCCGCAUGCGCUCGUCAUGAUGGUGCUCUUCCGCUCCGGAACCCUCCGCGAAAAGGCAUGGCUCAUCUUCCGCGCGACACGCGCCCACGCCCGCAACCUCGCGACCUUCGCCACCAUCUACAAGACAACCUGCCUACUGCUCAAGCACUACGGCGCGACGCCGGGCAAGGAAGGCCCCUACGACAGCUUCCUCGCGGGCCUUCUCGGCGGGUACGUCGUCUUCGGCCAGCGCUCCAAGCGCUCCGGCAAGAUCCCCAGCGUCAACCAACAAAUCGUCAUCUACGUGUUCGCGCGCGUGGUGCUCGCCCUGGCCCGGCUCUCCGUGAAACCGGGCGUCGGGCUGCCGGGGGUGUCGGAGCCGGGCCCCAGCGCGGCGCUCUCGAAAGCGGCCUGGCCGCUGUUUGCGAGCGUGUCGUGGGCGGCGGUCAUGCAUCUGUUCAAGUGGCAUCCGGCCGAGCUGCAGUCGAGUUUGAGGAGUAGUAUGACGUAUAUUUAUAGCGAUUCGGAGAGGUGGGAGGGGUUGAGGACGUUGGUUUGGCAUAAUGAGUGAUGUGAUGCGGUGGUUGGUGGGGGUGGGUGGUUGUGGUGGUGGUCAUUUGCCGGCGUUUGGGGGGGUCAGAUCUCGUUGUGU